AUGGAGGAGUACAAAGUCCCGGUAGAGGAGGAGUUUAUGGGCAAUGGCCGCCACACCUCGGAUGUGAACCAUGCCCGAACGGCGGUGGCUGCGACAGCGAACUCUGCUCGAGAACGAUGCCUCCCUGUCUUACAAGCCAACCAGGAUGUGUUCAGUGUUUUGGCCACGUACAUCGACAUGACCGGGAAAAAGGUUGACAAAGCAGUGGAGCUGCAGGACAAGCUCAAAACUUCCGGGUCCAAGCGUGCCGUUGAGUUGGCUGGCGAGAUGGAACCCAAGACGAAGGACUUGGAGUCCAAGCACAAGGAGCUUCUGCAAUUCCAGACCGAUGCAGUGCUGGAUGCUGGCACCCCACCCAAGAGGACUGCAUUAUUGUAA